UGAGUUGGCCUGGUUGGGCAAGGCCAGGGUUGCCCCAGGGUAGGUUACUCAUCCCAGGCUCAGGUAAGAGGGCCCCGGUUGGGAGGCGGCACACCCAGGGGGGACGACGAGGGAGCAGGACGCAGCCAUGGACGCUGCCAGGAGAGGAGAUACACAGACUAGGACCUGGACCACCGGAUGGCUGUUGUUGCUGCCUCUGCUGCUUCGCGAAGGAGCGCAGGCCCUGGAGUGCUACAGCUGCGUUCAGAAAGCGGACGACGGAUGCUCUCCGCAUAAGAUGAAGACGGUGAAGUGUGGCCCGGGCGUGGAAGUCUGUACCGAGGCCGUUGGAGCGGUGGAGACCAUCCACGGGCAAUUCUCUGUAGCAGUGCGAGGCUGUGGUUCGGGACUCCCGGGCAAGAACGACCGCGGACUGGACCUUCACGGGCUCCUGGCCUUCAUCCAGCUGCAACAGUGCACCCAGGACCGGUGCAACGACAAGCUGAACCUCACUUCGCGAGGGCUCGACCCCGCAGGUAAUGAGAGUGCCUACCAGCCCAAUGGCGCCGAGUGCUACAGCUGCGUGGGGCUGAGCCCCGAGAAGUGCCAGGGCACAGCGCCGCCGGUCGUGAGCUGCUACAACGCCAGUGACCGCGUCUACAAGGGCUGCUUCGAUGGCAACGUCACCCUGACGGCUGCGAAUGUGACUGUGUCUUUACCUGUGCGAGGCUGCGUCCAGGACGAAUCCUGCACCCGGGAUGGAGUGACAGGUCCGGGAUUUACGCUCAGCGGCUCUUGCUGUCAAGGGUCCCGUUGUAACUCAGAUCUCCGAAACAAGACCUACUUCUCCUCUCGAAUCCCACCCCUUGUCCUGCUGCCCCCUCCAACCACUUCAGCCCCAUCCACCCAGGCCCCAACCAUGUCCAGCACCACCUCCACCCCAGCCCCAACUACCUCCACCUUUACCACCAAACCCACCUCAGCCCCAGACAGCCAUAGUUCUCAUGAAGUAGAACAUGAAGCUGCCCAUGAAGAUGAGUCCAGGCUGGGAGGUGCUGCUGGCCAUCAGGAUCGCAGUAAUAUGGGGCAGUACCCCACAAAAGGUGGGGCCCAGGUUCCUGGUAGCAAAGGGUCUGCAGCUUCCAGGGCUGGCUUGACUGCUCUUUUGUUGACUGUGGCUGCUGGUGUCCUGCUGUGAGUUUUCCAUCUGGAAAUGUCCAUCUUACCUUACUCCCCUGGCCCCCCAGGUACCAAGUCUUUCUGUUUCUCCCAUUCCUUAUCAGUGGACUGGGCUGGCCCAGUCCUCAUCCUCCAGUAUCCCUCAGUUCACUGCACUGGUUUGCAGGUCUGGAAAUAAACUUCCUGUUGUAAAUACACUGCUGGGGUAGCCUGACUUUUUGAGGCAGCAACUGCACCCCCAUCUUAUGGUGACCAGGACAGAGGGAAGAGAAGUCUGCUGGUCUAGGGAGAGUGGGACAGCCUAUGAGAAGCUUCCCGACAUGUUCUCCUGACCAGGCAGGUGGACAAUGGCUUCAUCCUUUGAGUGCUGCCCCUGUCCUGCCAUUGGUUUGGGAAUCUUGUCUCCUGCCUUCCUUACUAGACUGUGAGCUCCUCUGGGGCAGGGGCAGCCUUUGGCCUUUCACUGUUUUCUGGCACAGAAAGGCUUCAAUAAAGAUUUAGUUACUUU